AAAUUUCGGAGGACUGACUGCCAUUUCCAUCCUGGUGCUCACGUGGAUGCCUAGAAACCACGAUUGCCCUACGCUAACUGUUUGGUGAGAUGCAAAAGUGUUCAAGGGUAACUUAAAGGGACCGCAUUAUGAGCACUCAGGAAAAACUCACACGUAUCGCUAUUGUUAACACAGACAAGUGUAAGCCCAAGCGAUGCAAGCAGGAGUGUAAGAGGUCGUGCCCCGUAGUACGGCUAGGAAAACUAUGUAUUGAAGUGACGCCUAAUGACAAGAUAGCAGCCAUCUCAGAGAACCUCUGUAUUGGAUGCGGUAUUUGUGUAAAGAAAUGUCCUUUCGAAGCAGUCUCCAUCAUCAACCUUCCCAGCAAUCUAGAGAAAGAUACGACGCAUCGUUACAGCCAAAACUCAUUCAAGCUGCACAGGUUGCCAACGCCUCGGCCUGGAGAAGUCCUGGGUUUGGUGGGAACCAACGGUAUUGGCAAGUCGACCGCCCUCAAGAUUCUGGCGGGAAAACUGAAACCCAACCUCGGCAGAUAUGGGGACCCACCUGACUGGACAGAAAUCUUGCAGUAUUUUCGAGGCUCUGAGCUGCAGAACUACUUCACAAAGAUCCUGGAGGACGACCUGAAAGCCAUCAUCAAGCCUCAAUACGUGGACCAGAUUCCCAAGGCUGUCAAGGGUUCAGUUCAGCAACUGAUAGACAAGAAAGAUGAGCUGAAGCAGCAAGACCACGUGUGCAAUAUUCUCGACCUGAACAGUGUACGAAAUCGGAACGUAGAAGACCUCUCUGGUGGAGAACUGCAACGGUUUGCCUGCGCUAUGGUGUGCAUUCAGAAGGCAGACAUAUUCAUGUUUGACGAGCCCUCCAGUUACCUGGAUGUGAAGCAGCGUCUGAAAGCUGCGCAGGCCAUCCGCUCACUCAUCCAUCCGCAGAAGUACAUCAUUGUGGUGGAGCACGACCUGUCCGUGCUCGAUUAUUUAUCCGACUUUAUCUGUUGCCUGUACGGAGUUCCUGGCUGUUACGGCGUUGUCACCAUGCCUUUCUCGGUGCGAGAAGGAAUAAACAUUUUCCUGGACGGCUUCGUUCCGACAGAGAACCUUCGUUUCCGAGACACCUCCCUGGUGUUCAAGGUGGCCGAGACGGCGACAGAAGAAGAGAUCAAGCGCAUGUGCCGCUAUGAGUACCCUUCGAUGCGCAAAGUCCUCGGUGACUUUGAGAUGAAUGUCGAUGCGGGAACAUUCACGGACUCCGAGAUCAUCGUUAUGCUGGGAGAGAACGGCACAGGGAAAACUACCUUCAUCCGCAUGAUGGCGGGCCGACUAAAACCCGAGGAAGGGGUGGAGAUCCCGCCACUGAACAUCAGCUACAAGCCGCAGAAAAUUUCGCCCAAGUCUCAGGGCACUGUGCGACAGCUUCUGCACGACAAGAUCCGGGACGCGUAUACGCAUCCGCAGUUCAUAGCGGACGUUAUGAAGCCCCUUCUCAUCGACAACAUCAUCGACCAAGAAGUCCAGAACCUGUCUGGAGGCGAAUUGCAGCGAGUGGCUCUGGCACUGUGCCUGGGGAAACCCGCAGAUGUGUACCUCAUAGACGAACCCUCGGCUUACUUGGACUCCGAGCAGCGUCUUGUGGCAGCCAAGGUCAUCAAACGCUUUAUUCUCCACGCCAAGAAGACGGGAUUUGUUGUGGAGCACGAUUUCAUCAUGGCCACCUAUCUGGCUGACCGUGUCAUAGUCUUUGAAGGACAGCCCUCGGUUCGCACCACUGCAAACACACCACAAACCCUGCUGGCCGGCAUGAACAAGUUCUUGGAGCUGCUCAACAUCACGUUCCGAAGAGACCCCAACAACUUCCGGCCGCGAAUCAACAAGCUCAACUCCGUCAAAGACACGGAACAAAAGAAGGGUGGAAACUUCUUCUUCCUAGAAGACUGAAAUGGUGGAUGUUGUGGGCUUUUUGUUGUCAGUGGCUCAUUAAAAAAAAAAAAAAGAAAA